AUGGCUGCGGACAGUGCCUUGGCGCUGGCUCUGGUGGAGGAGUUUGUGUCUGGUUUGGUGGACAGCAAAGCCAAAGAAGCGACUAAAGCUGUCAAAGAUGGGGAGUUCACAAUCCUGCAGCUGGUGGAGGCACUGGGCUUAAGUCUGACCAGCUCCCAGCCUCACACCAGAGCAAGAGGAGUCCAGCUGCUCUCCGAGGUCCUGCACGAGUGUUCCAACAGCCUCACAGAGAAAGAAGUGGAAGUUCUUAAAACAUUUUAUGAAAACCGACUGAAGGACCAUUAUGUUGUGACGCCUCCUGUUUUACAAGGACUCAAAUCUCUGACAAAAUGCACAGUUCUUCCGUCCGGCUCCGCUGUGUCGAUGCUGCGCUCUCUGUUUCAAGAUGUCCACGUUCAGUCUCUGAUGCUGGCGGAGAGGGCCUGUGUGUACAACAUGCUCAUCAACCUGAUGGAGACCAGGGAAGCGGAACUAAAGAGUUUAGGUCCUGACUUUGUCUUCGGGUUUGUCCAGUCCAUGGACGGAGAGCGCGACCCUCGCAACCUGCUGCUUUCGUUCCAAGUCGCGAGCAACAUCAUUCACAGAGGCUAUGACUUAGGUAAAUUCGCAGAGGAGCUGUUCGAGGUGACGUCGUGCUACUUCCCCAUCGACUUCAGUCCUCCGCCCAAUGACCCCCAUGGAAUUACCAAAGAGGAACUCAUCCUGGCUUUGAGAUCCAUCCUGACGGGGACGCCGGUGUUUGCAGAGUUUCUCUUGCCGCUCAUCAUUGAAAAGGUGGACUCGGACGUACAAAGUUCAAAGUUGGACUCAUUACAGACUCUGGCUGCCUGUGUGUCUCGGUACGAUUACAAGGACGUGGCAAAGUUCCUGGAGGGCCUGUGGACAUCCAUUCGCAGAGAGGUGUUCCAGACGUCCAGUGAGAAGCUGGAGGCGGCGGCGCUCUCUGCUCUUCAGGCUCUCACGUCCUGCGUCUCUCGCUGCGUCCAGAGCUCUGACUCCGAGGACAGUCUCAGCUGCUUCCUCGACCUCCUCAUCAAAGACUGUAAGCACCAUCUGAGUGAACCAGACCUGAAGCUGGUGUGGCCCAGUGCCAAGCUGCUGCAGGCGGCCUGUAGCGCCUCCAUCAGGGCCAGCCACAUCAUUACAGCCGCCGUCAUCCCCAACCUCAUAGAGCAGUACAACAGUCGCACACAGUGCUCACAGCGGCGGACGUUACUCGAGGUGUUGCAGAAGUUUAUCCAGUCUGUGAAGUCGCUCGGCUCCACAGAAGCCGAGGACAAUGCUCUGUUCCCGUAUCGAUCCUCGCUGUGUGGCGUGGUCUUCUCUGCCCUCACCGAGACCAACGACAGUUUGCAGAUCCUCGCCACCUCAGCCCUCGCUUCAUUGGCUCAACAAACAGGACUUUUGGAUGAAUCUGACAUAGAAUUGGCAGUGGAUCACCUCACCAAGUUGUUACUCACAGACGAAGACGAGAGAGUGUGCCGUGCAGUGGUGGACUGUGCUGGGACUUUAGCUGCCGAACACCCAGCGCAGUUCAUAUCCAGAAUGAUUCCAAGGUUGAAGAUGGAGACGUUUGCAGUGCCCCUGGAUGCAGACGUCCCGGAGGCCUCUCAGGGGCCUUCUCAUCAGAGCCUCCGUGGGCGCUGUGUGGCUGCCCUGGCGUCGGUGAGUCGUGGGCCCAGUGUGGUUCAGCAGAGCACCCCUGUCCUGCUGGAGCUCAUCUCUGCUGCUCACACCGGCAGUGUCCAGUUCACGAUGGAGGACGUGGUGUUGGCGUGCCACGGUCUCCAGAGGAUCGCAGACCAGGUCCAGGUCUCAGAGGAGACAGAAGAGACCGGCCGCUGCUUCCACCAUCUCAUCAUCCCUCGCCUGCUCUCCCUGGCGCUACAGGCCGCUCUCCAAGAUGUGCCCAGGCCCAGUCCUUUGCUGGAGGAGAGCGUUCUUACUGCCAUGGUUCCUGUCAUCAGCUCUUCCUGUUCCAGACUUCAGCCAAAGUUCGCAGAAGAAACGGCGUCCAAAGCAGUGUCUCUCUUCUUGAACGGCGAUGUCUCGUUUUUACCAGACAACUCGUUUCCUUCACAGAUUCAGCUGCUUAAGGGCGACUGCUGGCGACAGUCCCAGAUGGUGUGUCUGCUCAUGGGCUGCGUGUGCGCUGCUCCACGCGCGGUGGAAGUGCCGCACCAGGAUGAGCUGCUGUCUGCUCUGGAGGAGCUGAGCCUCUCCUCCUCUCACACUCUGUCCUACACCUCUGCGGCAAAAUGUUACGCUGGACUGGUCAACAAGAGGACACCGGGUGAAGCUCUGGACAGUCUGGUCCAGAGGACCGUGAAGAGGGUCUGCUCUGAGCUGGACAAUCCCAAGUCCGGUGUGCGCUCCCAGGCCUUCACCCUCAUGAUCUGGGUGGCCAAGGCUCUUCUCCUCAGAUACCACCCCCUGUCCGCCACUCUGACAGACAAGCUCUUCUCUCUGCUGGAUGAUCCAGACCUGGGUUCAGUGGCAGCAGACGGCUUUUCUCUCCUCAUGAGUGACUCCAGUGACGUUCUGAACAGAGCGCUCCACGCAGACGUUCGAAUCAUGUAUCGCCAGAGAUUCUUCACCGACAACUCCAGCAAACUGGUGCAGGGCUUCCACGCAGCCACAGAAAGGAAGUCCAACUAUCUAAAAGCUCUGUCCAACAUCGUCAACAAACUGCCAAAACAAGUGCAAACGACUGAGCUCCCAGCUCUGCUGUCGCUGCUGCUGGAGGGUCUGUCCUGUCCCGACCUCACUGUCCAGAUGUCCACUCUGUCCUGCCUGCAGCCCGUCCUGGUGCAGCCUCCCCCCGCGCUCCUGCAGCAGCUGGAGGCUCUGGUCAGCAGGCUCCUGGCGCUCACCUCCAGCCCCGCCAUGGACGUGAGGAUGGGGUCUCUGAGGUGCAUCCAGGCUCUCUCACACUUCCCUUCACACGAGAUCCUUCCGUUCAGAGGCCGGGUGCUGCGAGCUCUGUCCAAACCUCUGGACGACAGGAAGAGAAAGGUGCGGAGUGAAGCGGUCCAGGCCAGAGGGGAAUGGUUUCUUUUAGGAAGUCCUGGAGGGAGGUGA